UGCACUCUUCUAGGCUUAAUGCUGCCCUCUUCAUACAGUCUAUGCUGCUUACACAGUAAAGAUAACCGACGUUUGACGGAUCAUACAUGUUUCAUUAUUGGAUGGAUAAUUUCUUUGCAUGCCUCUGGCGUUUGAGGAGCACGUGAUCCUCCACUACCAACCGGGAGUCUUUUUCAUGCUAUUUUAAAGGCUAACUCCGCCUACGUGAAGCCGGUGGAGUGCCCCGGCGUCAAUAACGAGUGCAUCCCAGGACACAAGCUUUUGUUUACUUCCCGCAGUCAUUUGACAGGAAUGGCAGACGAGGUUCUAUUUGAAUUUCUCCAUAUGGAGAUCGUGUCACAUGUUUACAAGGAGCAGCAAUCCAGUAAAGGAGAGAUGGACAACAAGGACAGAGCUGUCUGUGUUUCUGUCCUGGAAGGGAUGGGCUUCAGGGUGGGACAAGGACUCAUUGAGAGGUUGACCAGAGACUCCCCCAGCUUUAAAGAUGAGUUGGAUGUAAUGAAGUUCAUCUGUAAAGACUUCUGGACAAAGGUCUUCAAGAGGCAGGUUGACAACCUCAGAACCAACCAUCAGGGGACCUACGUUUUGCAGGACAACAAGUUUGCACAGCUGACUCAGCUCUCUAAUGGGAAACAGUACCUGGAUCAGGCUCCUAAGUACCUCGCCUUUUCGUGUGGUGUGGUGAGAGGAGCUCUGUCCAACCUUGGUCUAGACAGCGUGGUGACAGCUGAGGUCUCUGUCAUGCCAUCAUGUAAGUUCCAGGUGGUUAUCCAGAAAUUGUGACGUGAUCCUCUCUGCUGCCGUGGUGCUGAUGGGCAGGACUCUAUCCAUGAAGGGUUCUGCUAAUCCUAAAAAGAGGGCAGUAGUUUCUGUUCUACCAUUGAGCAGUGCAACCACAGAGGGAAUCAAACACCAUCUUGACUUUCGCUCCAGGGCCAAACAGGACUAGCCAGGUUCUGCUGACAACCAGGUACAGUACUGUACCUAAGGACAGGGCUAAACAGGGUUAGCCAGGGCUUACUUUUUACUUAAACUAUAAAGCAAACAAAGCAAGAUUUUUUUUUUUCCUUUUGCAUCUUGUUUUUGGUAGCGGGUUAUUUCCCAACUAAGCUAAACAAUACACAAUACUUUCAUCCUCUGUUUUAACUAAAUAAGUGGAGCUGCACCCUGACUGACCCCACAUGGCUGAGCUUUGAAAAGAAAUGUUAGCUGUCAGUCGCUGUGAACACAGUAACGUUAAUGUGAUUGUAUAGUAAAUGUUAAGGUGAUUCGAUGUUUGUAAUGUGUUGCAGUGUCUGUGUUACUAGGUAACAGUUGGAAAUGAAUUGAUAUAUAAUGAUAUUUAAAGCCUUACCAAUUCCCAUAACAUACUUUUUUGCGUCCUUCCAAAUAAUAGCUAAUGAGCCUUAACAGCUGGCUCAUCAGAUUCAUAAUUUCCACAGUUGUCUCUCUGCAGACUCAUAAAGGUGUAACCAGCUCCUGGUGCUUUGCUCUGCCUUGUUGCAGAUUGCCUUUAGAAGCUGGGUGUUUCCGAUAUACUGGUGGUCAUUAACAUUUCUGUUCAUUUGAUGGCAAAAUGCAAAUCUAAGAUGAGUCAUUGGCACAGGAUUUUUACUGUAAUUGUGUUAUAUUAUUAGAUGUGAUAAUAAUUUCUAGCUUCAUACAAAUUUGACAGUUGAAUAACAACUACUUAGUGAGCAUUGCAGAACCACUCAAACUGGGUUUACAGUUUAUUAUUUCUUCUAUAAAGAUGUACAUUUUUAUCCUUUGUACAGCAUUUAUAUGUAAAUGUUCAGUAUUGAGAGUUGCGUAGCAAGGCUAGAGACUAGCUUGAGUUGCCAUACAAUAAGUUGCAAAUGUGAUUGAAUCAUGUUGUAAGGCUUUAAAAUGAUUAAAAUGGAUUUUUGGGUUA